AAAAAAUUGUGAGAAGAAGUUUGUGAUAAGAAAAUCGAAGUGGGGCAUCCAACAUGAGGUCCAUAUCUCACCAAUCACACCCUUUGGAUAAGAAAACAAUCCAAAACUCUCAACUCUCAUUGGAUCCCAAAUAUUUCCUCCCAACUUUCCUAUAAUUCCAAUUCCAAUUCCAAAUUAAACUUUCUUGAAUAUUUCUUCAUCACCAUUCAUUCACCACCAAAACACACACACACACACACACACACAAAUGGCAGCCACAAUGGCCACAUCCAUGGCUCUUCUCAGCCCCAAAUGCUUCAACCCCACCACCACCAAAACCGCCGCCGCCGCCGCCCCCGCCGCCGCCAAGCCCACAAAGCCACUCUCCCUCCCAAAGGGCCUCACCACGCCCCUCACCGCGGCCUCCGCGGCGGGGGCCGUGUUCGCGGCCCUCUCGGCCGCGGACCCCGCGUUCGCCGCCCAGCAGCUGGCGGAGAUCGCGGACGGCGACAACCGCGGCAUCGCCCUCCUGAUCCCGAUCAUCCCGGCGAUCCUGUGGGUGCUCUACAACAUACUGCAGCCGGCGCUGAACCAGAUCAACAAGAUGAGGAGCUCCAAGGGCAUGAUCGUCGGCCUCGCCGGCGGCCUCGCGGCGGCGGGGCUCUUCCAGCCGCAGGAGGCCGCGGCGGCGGCGGAGGCCGCGGCGGACAACAGGGGGCAGCUGCUGCUGUUCGUGGUGGCGCCGGCGAUUGCGUGGGUGCUGUACAACAUCUUGCAGCCGGCUUUGAACCAGAUUAACCGGAUGAGAUCGGAGUGAUUUAAGGUUUGUGUGUAAAGAUUUGAAUCUUUUUUGGGUUUUGGAUGUGCAUGUAACUCUGCAUGGAAUUGUAUCAUUCUAUUAAUAGAAACUCUUUUCUUGCACA